UCAAUGUUGUUUUUAUGUAGCCAACUGUUCCUUUGAUGUCACAUUUGAAACCCUCAUGCCUGUGUUCUAGUUAGGGCCCGAGCACCGAACAGUAGGAGCCAGUGGGAGGCCCUAUUGAACACAGGCAUGAGGGCCUGUAUUCUGUAGCCAACUGUUCCUUUGAUGUCACGUAUGAAACCCAACUUUAAACCCUAUUUAUUGAACUCUGGAGGAGAAAUUUGUCAGUUGAGUUUGAGACGGCGACAGGAUAACAGCUCCAACCUGACCCUUCAUAUUCAACACUGCUACCAGUCCAAGACAGGGAGAAGACAACAGCUCCAAGAAACAUCAAGACUAUUAGAAGACAACGGAUCAUUUUUCUCUACAACACUUACCCUGUACCUGUGUUCAGCCAAGAUGAAGAAGGGACACAACUUAAGAAACGAGUCCGUUGUACAUCAUGUGGAAUCUCCCACCAAAACGAUUGAGUUCCUCCAUGGAGAGAUCAAGGAAAUGGAAUUUGAGGGAAUGGAGCUAGCUCAGGAAAAUGCGGCACUGAAGUGCAUGAUGUCCACAAAUGAUGCUAGGUGGAAGAGGGACAAACAGGCCAUGCAGGAUCAGAUUGAUUCCGCCAAACAGGGGCAGGCCUUUGACUCUGGAAGAGCCAUGCAGACCGAGUUGGAGGACGAGCUCAAGGAGUUGAAGCUGGUGUUGAAGGACAAAGAAAAGUACAUCUACAAAUUGAGUUCUCGUCCUAGAAACGAUCAGAUCGAGAGGGUGAAAAGGGAGCUGAGCGACAAGUGCAACCAGGUCAAGGCGAUGGAGAUUUCCUUUGACAAGAAGAUGAAGCACAUCAUCUCUGAAAAAGAUGCAGUGAAAAGUGAUCUAGAGAGGCAGCUGACUGCUGAAAACUCAGCUCUGGCCAAAGAGAAUACAGCUCUGAAGAAGCAGGCUGCCGAAAACACUGUUGUAGCUGCAGAAAACGCUGCUCUGGCUGCAGAAAACGCUGCUCUGGCUGCAGUGAAAGUUGAUCUAGAGAGGCAGCUAACUGCUGAAAACUCAGCUCUGGCCAAAGAGAAUACAGCUCUGAAGAAGCAGGCUGCCGAAAACACUGCUGUAGCUGCAGAAAACGCUGCUCUGGCUGCAGUGAAAGUUGAUCUAGAGAGGCAGUUGACUGCUGAAAUCUCAGCUCUGGACAAAGAAAAUACUGCACUGAAGAAGCUGGCUGCUGACAACGUAGUUGUAAAGGAGCAUGAGGCCCUGAUACUGAAGAACAUUGAGCUUCAGGAACUCACCUUUGAGACCGACUUGGACAAGAUUGACCAUGUGACCCUCUGGAGGGUCUGA